AUGGAUAAUGGAGUUGACAGUUGGAUCCACUAUGCACAGUCAAGUAAUGAGUAUGCCCAAGGAGUGGAGGAUUUUCUAAAUCAUGCAUUUUCUACUCGAGCAACGGGAGAUCAAAUUAUUUGUCCGUGUAAAGAUUGCUAUGGUCGUUUCUGGCAUCGUAGAGAUGAAGUUUAUAAUCACCUUAUUUACUAUGGCACUGAUCCAAGAAUUAAGGAAUGGCAUUUCCCUGAAAAGAGUUCCCACUCUUCCCAAAAUGAAAAGCAAGACUUUCCACAUGAUGACAUCGAAGGCUUAAUAUAUGAUACACAUCGGGAUAUUGCAGAUAAGUUUUCCGACUCCCAUGAAGAACACUUCCAAGCAGGAAUGGAGACACAUGCCAACAUGGAGGCUAAAAAGUUCUUUAAGCUAGUUGAAGAUGGAAAACAAGCGGUAUAUCCCGGUUGCAAAUCAUUUUCCAAGUUAUCAUUCAUCAUUCGGUUGUACCUUUUUAAGUGUGUCCACGGGCUAAGCAAUACGGCCUUUUCUAAUCUUCUCGAGAUAAUUCAAGAAUUAAUUCCAGAAGCCGUACUACCUAAAUCUUUCAGUGAAGCUAAGAAAAUGGUGAAGGAUUUAGGUCUUGAUUAUCAGAAGAUUGAUGCAUGCCGGAAUGAUUGCAUGCUUUUCUGGAAAGACCACAAAAGUUCUACAUCCUGUCAUGUUUGUCAUGCGCCGAGGUGGAAAGAAGAAGAAAAUCAAAAUGAGAUGAAUGAUACUAAUUUUCAACAUUUUCGUCGUGUUCCAGCAAAAGUUGUUUGGCAUUUUCCUUUAAAACCUAGACUACAAAGGUUGUAUAUGUGUGCUGAAACGGCUCAAUAUAUGAGGUGGCAUGAGGAGAAAAGAGUCAAGGACGGGAAUUUACGACAUCCAGCAGAUGCAAAAGGUUGGAAAGAUUUUGAUUCCUUUUACCCAAAUUUUGCUAAAGAUUGUCGUAACGUGCGUCUAGGUCUUUCUAGUGAUGGAUUUAACCCAUUUCGAACCAUGAGCACAACACAUAGUACAUGGCCUGUAGUUUUAAUUAAUUACAAUCUACCGCCAUGGUUGUUUAUGAAGCCGGAAUUCCUCAUCUUGUCGUUACUCAUCCCUGGGCCUGUCUCCCCAGGAAAUGAUAUUGAUGUUUACUUGCAGCCUUUGAUUGAUGAUCUAAAAGACUUGUGGGAGCUUGGUGUGGGAACUUAUGAUGCUUUAUCUCAUCAAACAUUUGAUAUGCAUGCUGCUUUACAAGCAACUGUUAGUGACUUCCCCGGUUACGCAAUGUUGUCUGGAUGGAGCACAAAAGGAAGGUUCGCAUGUCCUAGUUGUCAUUAUGAAACAGAUCAUUUAUAUUUGAAGCAUAGUAAAAAGUCAUGUUACAUGGGCAACCGAAGGUUUUUGGAUGCGAAUCAUUGUUGGCGGCGCGAUAAGAAGUCUUUCAAUGGGGAAAGUGAAAAGAGGGAAGCACCAAAUAAAUUAACUGGCACUGAGGUUCUACAUUUGUUGAAAGACUUCAAAAAUAAGUUUGGGAAGACGCAACCUAGAAGAAAUAUUGAAAAUUGUCCGUGGAAAAAGAAAUCUUGUUUUUUCGAUUUGCCGUAUUGGGAGCACAAUACAAUUCGUCAUCAUCUGGACCCCAUGCACAUCGUGAAAAAUGUUUUUGAUAGCAUUUUGGGCACAUUAUUGGACAUACCUGGGAAAACAAAGGAUCAUCUGAAUGCACGGUUAGAUCUUAAAGAAAUGGGAAUAAGAAGUUCACUACAUCCUAUAGUGUCUACGGGCAAACGUCUCUUGUUGCCUAGAGCAUCUUUUUCAAUGACAAAGCAUGAGAAAACUUUGUUCUGUGAAGUUAUAAAAAAUGCCAAGCUACCACAAGGGUGUGGUUCGAAUAUUUCACGAUGUGUACAGAUGCGCGAAUUAAAAGUAUCAGGAUACAAGAGCCACGAUGCACAUAUUAUGAUGCAACAUUUACUUCCAGUUGCUGUGAGAAAAUCUUUACCUAAGCAGGUUGCUCUAGCUUUAAUAAGAUUGAGUGCAUUUUUUAGAGGUAUAUGCAGCAAAGUGAUCAACCCAUUAGACUUGGAUCUCUUGCAACGUGAGAUAGUUGAAACACUCUGUACGUUUGAGAAAAUUUUUCCACCAUCUUUCUUUGAUAUUAUUAUGCACUUACCUAUCCAUUUAGUUGAUGAGGUAAGGUUAAGUGGACCAGUAAGUAGUUGGUGGAUGUUCGGACCUGAAAGGUAUCUUGGAGAAUUGAAAACGUAUGUUGGGAACCGAAGUCGUCCUGAGGGCUCUAUAGCUGAAGGAUAUUUGGCAGAAGAGUGUUUGACAUUUUGCUCGAGAUAUUUGCAUGAUGGUUCACAAAAAAAAUCCAAGAAUGCAAAUCAAAGCUCUGUUGGAGUUGGUGCAUUUGAUGAUAAACCGAUUAUGUUUUUUAAGAUGGGUCACCCUGUUGGGAGAAAAAGGAGAGGGAAGAAAGGAGUUUUCUCACUAGACUCCGACACACAAAAACUGGCACAUCGAUAUGUGAUAUUCAACUGCGAGGAUAAGCUAGUUGAAAAAUACAUAAUGGAGCAUGAGGAUAUGAUGACAGCCAAGUCUGUAGAUAAGAAGAGGAAAAGGUGGAGGCAAGCCCAACAGCACAGCCAAGAAUUCAUGGAUUGGUUCAAAAAAAAAGUGGAGUUAGAGCAAGUUUCUAAUCAUAUUAAAUGGUUAGCUUUGGGACCUUCUCAUGUUGCACGAAGAUACACAGGCUACUUUAUUAAUGGGUAUAAAUUUUAUACUAAAGCUCGUGAUGCCAAAUUGAAAACACAAAAUAGUGGUGUUACUUUGACUGCCUUGACUUCAAGUUUUGCUAGUACUAAGGAUUCUAAUCCUAGUGUUGAUGGGGUCACUUAUUAUGGGCGUAUAAAUGAUAUCAUUGAGAUUGACUAUUGGGGUUCGUUUAGUGUUGUCUUGUUUAGGUGUGACUGGUUUAAAGAGGAAAAUGAUUCAUAUGGUCUCACCCGUGUUAAUUUCAACAAUUUGUGCUACGAGGAUGAUCCAUUUGUCUUGGCAUCACAAGUGCAUCAAGUCUUCUUUGUGCAAGAUGCUACUGAACAAGGUUGCUAUUAUGCAAUGAAAAAGUUGGCAAAAGAAUUCAUUAAUAUUAAGGAUCAAUCAGAGGACACUUACUUUGCUGAAUCUAGUGAACCUGUGGGGGAUAGAGCGUUAUCUAUGCUUAACGAUGAUUAUGAAAACAGUUGGAGUAGAGAAGGUGUACCCCCUAUUGUCCUUGAUGAACAUCAGGCUGUCGUUGAAAGUUUGGAGACCAACUCAGAAUCCGAUGAUUCAGUUUGA